AUAAUUGAGACGCGCAUGCGCGGAGCUCUGAGGCGGGGAGACAACCUUAGGCGACUAUUCAAGGCAAGGCAUCUGCACGGGCAUCUGCAUGAUUAAUACUAAUAUUCGAAAGUAAUGAAAACCGCAAUGUUCUAUGUUUUACUAUUGUGGUAAAUUUUCGUCAGUACAUACAGAAAUAUUAGAUCAGAUGCAAGCUGGAGGAAUAGAUAGUUCAGCAAUGUCUGAGACUCCCAGCAGUGGAAGCGAGGAUUCUGAGUGUGAACAGGGGCCCGAUCCCGAUGACGUUGCCCUAACUGAAGAAUGGGCCAGAGAAUUAUUAGCGGACGCGGGUGUGGUGGGAGCAAAUGAGGUGCGCGUCGAAUCCAGAGCUGGAGUAACUGGAGCCCUGAGCAGGGUCCUGGCUGUCACAGUACGCUAUGAGUGCAGUGGUGAACAAAAAUCCCUGCCCGUAGUCGUCAAACUACCCCCACGGGAUCCGUUCGGAAGACUGUUCGUGGCUGAAGCCCAAUUCGACACGAGAGAAAUCCUUUUCUACACAGAACUAGCGCCGGCUUUGAACAAGUUGGCUGAAAACGCUUUAGGCCCCGGAACUGGACUCCCUGUACCCAAAUACAUCAAAGCCAAGCUGCCUGAUGAAAUUGGCGGUGAUAGCGAACUCGUUUUAGAAGAUGUAACAGCAGUCGGAUAUGAAGCUGCAGAUUUUGCGGAAGGCCUAACUGAAGAGCGAGCUAAGGCAGCUCUAUACGCCGCUGCGAGAUUUCAUGCCUUAUCCUUGGCUUUACGCGAAAGGGAAGGGCCAUUAGAUCAAAGAUUUGAUUUUUUGUUCCCCUGCGAAAGAGCGGCGGCAGGAUAUCUGCGACUUGUCAGAAGAGGCUUGCCGCAACUUGAGGCGUUUUUGCGAGGGCGAUCCGACUGCAUCGAAGAAGCAGCUGCUGUAUCAGAAUUAAGUGCUCGAGCGCCUUCUCUACUAGGAACCCUACUAAGGCCUGACGAACCUGCACCUCUUGCCCACGCUGACUUUUGGAGUGGAAAUCUUCUAUUCCGCGAAAUUAAUGGAGUUAGUGAAUGUAUAGCUCUUGAUUGGCAAAUGGUAUCAUUAGGAAAGCCAAUGGACGACGUAGCUUUAUUAUUACUAUCUUCUUUAACGCCAGAAAUGAGAAGAAGUAUUGGCGAUUCUUUAAUAGAAGACUACGGCGAGCGAUUAGAAGCAGAAUGUGCUCGAUUAAAUGCGUCAGAAUCGGGUUCCAUUGUUAGACGUGGCUUAAAACCUGAUUGGCCUAGAGCGGCACUCCGCGCGCUUCUCCUGUGUGCUGGAAGUGUUGACGUGGCCUUGGGUGAUCCUCGGGCAGAGAGACGUUUACUAGAAGCCGUGCGCGACCUCCACGCGCAGGGAAUACUCGCCCUCAAACCGGUCUCUGACACCUGAGAAUAUAUUGUGAUGAAUAGACGUGUCACUAACAUGCUAAAUUUUUUAUUCAGUUCAAAGCCGGUGAAGCCAGUACAUAAGUGUUGUUAAUUAUAUUUCUACGUUAUUAAGCACAAAUUAUUGCAAUAUACUUAAUCAUGUGUGAAUUUAUUCGUAUAAGUUAUAAUGUUUGAGGAUUACGGUUAGGUGUUAUCGAAAGCCCAUUGUGAAGCCUAUUAAUUGAAGACUGAAUUUACUUACAGCAUUACGUCGUUAUUUUGUAGAUUUAAUUGCUCAUUAUAAAAAUGAAAUUUAGAUUAUAGAAAUUCAUUCGAGUCUAUUGACCUAUAAACAUAGAAAUAAAGCGUAUAAUUAUUAUG